CGCCGCCAUCAACGGUCGUCGCUAUCCCGUCCGUGAUGCUCGCCGCCCCUGCUCCCCCACGCUCUGCCAUCCUCGCCCUCCUCCGCGCACGCGUCGGACGCUCGCCAUGCUCGCCUCCCUCCCCUCCGGCCCUUCCCUCGCGCGGGCUCGGAAAAAAGUCUAGCCCCAAACUCCCCAGCGGGGGGCGAGCCUAGGAGCUGAACCAACCGUACAACAGUUUCUCCCCAAUUCCUCCGCCGUCUGCCCCCUUCGGAAACCCAAUGGCGUCGCCCGACGACGAGACCGCGCAGCCACCAUCGAAGCGGCCCCGACACGAUGCCGAACCUGAGGUGGACGCCGCUGAGCCAUCACCGCGCGUGGUGCUCAACCCAGCGUUCUGCGAUCUCGACUUCGAUGUAGGCGGGGGCGGUCUCCGGGGGAGCGCGCUUCACGAGGGCGGCUUCGCCUACUGCUGGUCCGGCGCGCGCGCGAUGGUGGGCGCCAGGGGCGGCGGGCGGUACUGCAUCGGGUGCAGAAUCGUCGCUGAGCAGCCGGUGGAGAUGGAUCCCACGACCUCCGGGGAGCGCCACCUCUGCCGCAUUGGGGUCUCGAGAGGGGAUGAUCUCGUAGGUGCGCUCGGGGAGUCCCAGCACAGCUUCGGGUUCGGGGGCACGGGGAAGUUCUCCCACCAGCGCAGGCUUAUCAACUACAACGUCAAGUUCGGCGUCGGCGACACGGUCGUCUGCGCCGUGGACCUCGAUUCCAAGCCCAUGGCAUCGAUAGGGUUCGCGAGAAAUGGCGAAUGGCUUGGUAUUGCGAGGCAUUUUGAUGCGGGGUGAGAAAGGGCUUGGUCUGGUUGACACUCCUCUGAGGCCGAUGCGAUGGGGAUCCGCACUGUUUCCCCAUGUCCUGCUGAAGAAUGUUAUCGUGGAGAUGCAGUUCAGUAGGGAGGAUGGGCUGCUGCCUGUUGAUGGUUAUGAACCCUGGGCCUCAGCUUUUUCUCAAAGGAAUUCAGAAUUUGGCCCUUCGUUUGAGCAAAAUAAAUGUGAGGUCAUGAUGAUGGUCGGUCUUCCGGCCACUGGCAAGUCAACAUGGGCAGAGAAAUGGGUCAAGGAGCAUCAGGAGAAACGUUAUAUCCUUCUCGGAACUAACCUUGUAUUGGAGCAAAUGAAGGUGCCAGGAUUAUUGCGUAAGAAUAACUAUGGUGAGCGUUUUGAACGACUGAUGGAUUGUGCUACAUGGAUUUUCAACAAACUGCUGACUAGGGCUGCAAAUACCCCUCGCAACUUCAUUAUCGAUCAAACGAAUGUUUACAAGAAUGCUCGCAUUCGCAAGUUGAGGCCAUUUGCUAACUACCGCAAGACUGAUGUGGUCAUGUUCCCAACUCCAAGUGAACUGAAAUCCAGGGCAGCGAAGCGUUUCAAUGAGAUGGGAAAGGAAAUACCAGCUGAAGCAGUUAACGAAAUGACAGCCAAUUUUGUCCUACCACUCUCGAAGGAUAUGCCUCAUUCGAAGGAGCCUUUUGAUGAGGUAAUCUUCACAGAGCUUUCUAGGGAUGAGGCUCAGAGAACCCUAGAUGAUAUGCAGCGUGUGUUGCCAAGAAAUGUGACCCCAAGCUAUGGAAACUCUGGCAACCAAAAACAUGUAAUGGUGCCUUUAUUGUUAUUUUUGAAACAGUGCCUUGUAUGUUUUAUGUCAUCAUGGAUCAGAUUAGUGUAAAUAUGCAACGCUAUACAACAAUGUUCUGAUGUUCUGGGACUGCUGCUCCACUUGAUCCUGAAGCCACUUUGCAAAUCAAGGUGCACAGUUUUC